AUGAUAAGCCAGUUUUUAAUCCUAAAUGUGAGGGGAGAUACAAUAAUAUUUAGGGAUUUUCGUCAGGAGAAAAGUUUAAGUGAAAACCUUGCUAAAAUCCAAGAUGUGUUUUAUAAAAAAAUCAAGCAGGGUAACAACGAGGAGCCCACAACUAUUUACUUUGAGGAACAAAUUUAUAUAUAUCUACGCCAAAGUGGGCUUUUCUUUGUGUUAACUAGCUAUUAUGAUGUGAGUCCAACAUACAUUAUUGAACUUUUAUAUAGAAUAAUAAAGCUAGUCAGGGAUUUCUGUGGGACAGUUAAUGAGGAUUCAAUAAGGCGAAAUUUCAUUCUUGUUUAUGAAUUAAUUGACGAAAUCAUUGACUUUGGAUACCCCCAAAUAGUUAACACUAACCAACUUAAAUAUUGUGUAUACAACGAAACAAAAGUAUUAAGCAGUGAGAAUUUCAAUAGGAGGAAUGAUAUAUUUGGUACAAAUCAAAUACUUGGAUUAACUAAUACUGUAUCUGGAGGUUUAUCUAUGCUUCCAAUUGGGAUCCUUCCAACUUCAAGUGGCAAAGGUAUACAAAACCAUGGUAAUUCUUUAAAUAGUACAAGCAAUUUCAAUGGUCCGAAGACUAUUUCUAGCAAUGCUUCUCAGAGGCCAAUUAAUCCAAUGAGUACUGUUUCCAAUAAUUCUGCAGAAAGUAAGGUAAUGACUUUUCUUGGAAAUGCAGCUCCAUGUUUUGAUAGAAAUAAUGAAGUUUUUGUAGAUAUAUUUGAAAGAAUUAGUUUGGUCUUAAACCAUUUGGGUGAAAUUUCUCGUUUCAAUAUUGAAGGAGGAAUUCUAAUGAAAAGCUAUCUUAUAGGCCAACCAGAGCUUACUUUAGGGUUCUCUAAUAAUAUCAUUUUGAAAGAAGACGACGAAUUAAAUUUUUCAGAACCUAGUAACCUCCUUAAAGAUGGUUCAAGUACUAUAAUUGAUGAUUGUAAUUUCCAUGAAAGUGUUAAUGUAAAUGAGUUUCUAAACGACAAAGUUCUCACAUUAAAACCCCCAGAAGGGGAAAUUAUUGUAAUGAACUAUAGAAUCUCAAAAGGUGCAUUAAAAGUACCUUUUAAGUUUACAACUUUGAUUGAGGUUUCCGGUGAUGCUAAGAGAAUCUCUUCCAAAUUUGAUUUUGUCAUUAAACUCAAGGUUGAUAUACCUGAGACAUCUUUCGCUACAAACCUUACUAUGGUAUGUCCAUUACCAGAAAAAACCAAUACAGUUUCUUUAGAAACUAUUCAUCCUCUCGUACCAAUCCAGCAAUCUUCUCAAUAUGAUGAUAAAUGCCAGAGGAUUAUUUGGAAAAUUAAGAAGAUUCAUGGUGGUACGGAAGUUGCUCUAAAGUCAAAAUUAUCCUUUUCUUUUGAAACUGACUCAAUUUCUAUAAGAAAAAUAGUUGGUCCUCUUUUCCUGAACUUUGAGAUUCCGAUGUUUAACCUUUCUAACAUACAAGUCAAGUAUCUUAAAAUUUCAGAAAAAAAUGGUCAACAAAAUAACUAUAGGUGGGUAAGAUAUGUUACUCAGUCUAAUUCAUAUAUUUAUAGGCUAUUUUAG